AUGUCGACUACUUUUGCCCAGAUCAUAACUCAGUUAAGAAUCCUUAACUUCUUCGUAGUCGUAUGCAUUAACUCUUACUCGCUUUACGAGUGCAUAAUAAAGCUAAGGACUACUAAAAAGAAGCGCUUAAUAAUCGAUAUCAUAGCUAUUCGAGAGUCAUACGAAAAGCGAGAGCUCUUUAAGGAAUCAGCUCCCUUGAGCCUUAAAGAGCAGACAGAAUUCCGAUACUUUAUCAACCGAGUGUUUUGCAAUUGCAAGUACUUUGACGAACGUUACGACCUUACGAAUAUAUAUUCCCAAUCGCUUGGAAGCAAUCCAGCAGCUCGAAUCUUCUUUUUCUUUUUCUUCGUCGUCUUUAUUAAAAAGAAAAAGGGUUUGAUCGCGGCGGUAGAAUCGUUUAAAGCGGUUAACUGCAAAAGUGCUUUUAAGCUUAAUUUUAUCGGUUUCUUAAAGCUUAUAAUAUCUCUUGUCCUUAAUAUUCGCGGAUAUAUCGAUGCUGCGUUUAACGUCGUAAAGCAGUACUAA